CUCUUUUUCCCCACAGCCCUCAUUGGUGCCUGUGGAGGGAACUACACCUCCCCAACAUCUGUGAUCUAUUCCCCAGAUUUCCCUGACACCUAUGCCACAGGCAGGGUCUGCUACUGGACCAUACAAAUUCCAGGAGCAUCUCAGAUCCAGUUCGACUUCACUCUCUUUGACAUCAAGGACUCUACAGACAUGGUGGAGGUGCUGGAUGGCUACACCUAUCAUGUGCUGGCUCGUUUUGAUGGCAGGAACCAGCCUCCCAUCUCUUUUAAUGUCUCUUUGGAUUUUGUCAUUUUGUAUUUUUUCUCAGAUCAAAUCAAUCAGGCCCAGGGAUUUGCUGUCGUGUACAGAGCUACCAAAGAAAAGCUACACCAGGACAUUACUACAGUCGAUCAGAAAUUUACUGAGGUGAUAACUGAACAAGCAAAUCUCCGCAUCAAUGCAGCCCAGUCUUCAAAGAUACUUUAUGUCAUCACAACCAGCCCGAGUCAUCCCCCUAGCAUCAUGCCUGAGUGGAUAGUAUAUGGCCUCACAGCUCUCCUCAUCCUAACUGUCUCAGCCAUAUUGGCAAAGAUACUUCUGCAUUUCAUAAUGAAAUCUCAUCAGGCACCUCCUUCAGUUGAGAUAGGGGAUUCUCACCAAGCAACUACUGCAGGAGAGAUCUGGAGUAUUUUUUACAAGCCAUCCACCUCCAUCUCCAUCUUCAAGAAAAAAUUUAAGAGCCAACAUGAUGAUUGCAACCUCCUUGUGGGAAACUAAAGUGCCAGUUACGCCAUGAGACACAAUAUUCUCCUGCAAUUCAAAGUGUAUUGGGGAUAAUCCUUUUCCUCUAUCUUCUCCUUGUUUUCCAAAGGAUCUGGACAGACCUUUUCUGGAGUUCCAUGGUGCACACCAGACAUGGGAAAACCAGCUGCUAUAACCAUUUUGAAGUAUCUGGAGCUUGUCAGCUCUCAUAUCCUUCUAAAUAUGGUCUUAAACCACUUCGCUUAAAAUAGAAACAGAAUCUCUAAAACAGUAGGUGUCCCGCACACCACAAAACGAGAUGAAUUAGGAACCUUGUGGAGAUCAGGGCUUUGGGUCUGCUUUGACUGCUGUAAUAGUUUAGGGCAUUUUAAGCUCAAAGUUAAGCACAAAUAUAAAUGACACCAUCUUUUCAGCUGCUGCAGCAGCAGGUGCUGAGUUGCCUCUGCUGUAGAUGUUUCUAGCUGGCAAUGUACAAAGGUGAGGGAGUCACAGACUUUGAAGAGGUAUCUGCCUAAUAGCUAGUGUUCUGUUAUUUUUGGAUGGCCUCUUUUCAGAAGUACAAAUAUGGAGAACCAAUCAGGUCUCAAAGGUAAAAUUAGGAGAAAAAUGCUCAACAAAGCCUGCGCUACAAACAAAUUAAAUAGGUGGUGCUCAUUGGUUCAGAGUCGACAUGGGAUGUUUAGAGUUUAAAGUUUGUGUGUCCGAGCCACCAUGCCUACUAAUUGUUUUCUAAGAGGUCACUUAUAGUAGCAAGAGACAUGUCAUGACAAACCUAUACCAUUCUUAUGCCCUGCAUCGAGUCUGGAUGUGAACAUCGGGCUGCCUAACAAAGCUAUGACCUUUCAGUCAAACUGUUAAGUCAGUGAGCUUCAGAUGGUAAGGCUGACAAUCAAGAUUGCCUACAACAAAAGUUAAAGAUAUCCCUGACAGCAGCAAAAGGUGGGGAUGAAACAAUGGAUCUGUAAUAGUUGGUAAAUGACUGCAUGGCAUUAUCAGUAUCAAUUGACUAGAAGGUUGGAAGGAACAGUAAGGGGCAUGUGUAUGUGUGAGUGAGAGAGAGGUGACCAAAUAGAAACGUAUCUGACAGAGAGACAAACCUGCUGUCCUCAAGAUGCCUGAAUAUAUAUGUGCAGCUGUAACCUCUGGGACACUUGUACUGCAACCUGAGGGUUGGGAGGGUGUGUUUAACCUGGAGUGUUUGAGGUUUGUGGGCUUAAGCAUUAUAAAUGCUUCAGCAACUCAUCUGCCAUUUAAAAAUGUAGUUGCUGCAAUGAGAGCAGCUGAAAAAAGCAGCAAUAGUUUCCAUAGCUCAGGGCUUGAGACUCCCACACAUUCCUGUGCUAGUAUCUGGACAGCAGGCUCCACUUCCCUGUACAGGGGACUCCUUGAUGCUUCCAGCCUUUGCACCUGUUUCUAUUGUGACCUUGUCAACAUCAUAUUUCAAGUGCACCACAUAGUUCCCAGCAAUCAUGAGGCCAGGAUUAGGAUAGUGGCAGCCAAUCCUUACCCCAACGCUAAAUCAAGCUGCCUUGCUGUGCAUUCCAGACUGCAGAACUACACAAGGAAGUGAUGGGACAGCUGGAUUUUGUCUCCAUUAAGAGGUGACAGUGUAUAAAUGUGAGUAAUCAAAGCAAAGAAAAGCUCCAGUUAGACAACAGAAUGAGGAGGAGAAACACUGGAGACAAACACCAACCCCUCAGGAAAUCUACCCAAACAAAAGCAAAACCGAGGCCAAGACAAGUGACAGCUGCUGCUUUCGGUUAAAGGUGGUUUUGAAUGUUCUUGCCAACAAUAUCAAAGCCAAGAGUGUUCUCACUCCAAUUUUUUUGAUCCAGGAGAGGGGAUUACACCAGUUCAGCUGUCUUCAUACCCUGCAGUAUUGGAGAAAGUAUCUUGUUCCAGAAGCCUUUGGACUUGUAUCAACAUAUGCUCAUCCUCCACCACGGGCGGUUCGACGCUGCCAUAGAAUCCAUGCUCUAACCUCAGAGCCAGGUGAAUGACAAAGACAUGGCCAAGAAUAGUCUUCAGGAGAGUUACAAAAGGGACACUGGGUUUCUCACUAGAACAGCCAGAAUGAUGCUUUCAUACAAACAAGGUUUUAACACCAGCCACAAAAAGACCAGCCUGUGUCCUCUUGAUGAUGAGGCUUUUUUGUGGAAUCAUUUGUUACAUGAUUUCCUACACCAUGAAAAGUCUGAACAUGGCGGGGCAGAGCCUCAAUAAGUGUGUUACCAUAGCUUCAUUGACUUUACUGGUUCUAUGACAAUUUACAGUAGCUGAGAGAGAGGGCUCAUUUCACUAAGGCUUGGUCCACACUGGGGCGGGGGAUCGAGCUAGGAAACGCAACUUCAGCUACGAGAAUAGCAUAGCUGAAGUCGACGUUUCCUAGAUCAAACUAAGUUUACUUACUGCGGGUCCAUGCGGCGCAGGCAAGCUCCCCCGUCGACAGCACUUCCUCCUCUCGGUGAGUAGGAGUUCAGCAGUCGACAGGGGAGCGCUUCUGGGAUCGAUUUAUCGCAUCCAGAUGAGACGCAAUAAAUCGAUCCCAAAAGAUCGAUCUCUACCUGCCGAAUCAGGCAGGUAGUGUGGACUGUGUUGACCAGCCUUGCCUUGGGUAAUUAAUUUUGAUCUUUUGCUUCCAAACAGAGCAAAGUGGACCUAAGGACUCUAGUAUAUGGUGGAAACAGGCCUUUCCUGUGCAUUCCCCAAAAUAUUUUCACACUGCAAGCCAAAUAAUAUGACACGUCUCCUACUAAAUUCAGGUACCAAUCCACUUACAAGGAGGGAAAAAAACAACUCAAAAUACCCCCAAAAGAAACUACGACUCACAACAGUGAAGUCUAUUGAACAAACAGCAGCUCAAACCGAAACAGAAUUCAGUGAGUCCCUUCUAAAUUAAUCUCCAGUUAGAAGAAAAGAAUAAUUGCUCCAGGCUUCACAAAAAGAAAAUAUCAUAAAAAUUGACAUGUUCACAGAUGGUCCCUUAAAAAGAAUUUCUAUCUGCAUCAACCAACUGCUGCAAAAAGGAGGGGAAGAGGCAGUCUGCAGAGAGAUAUGGUGAAUGGGGAUGGCAAGAGAUCACCUAAUCAAACCAGAAGGUACCUUAAAUAGAAAAAAAGCUGAAGUCCCAGACAGGCUGAUGCGCUCAGGCUUGUAUUUGAGGGAUGGGGGAAAGAAAAGGAUCAAUUAUGCUACUCAGGGCUUCCUAGUGAAUGUUUGGAUUUUUCUUUUUUUUAAUUAAUGAAGCUACUGAGGAGCAGCAUUUGUUCAGAUCUCCAGGGACUAGGAGUGUAAGAGAAUAGGGCUAUAGAACUUCAGAAAGCCAGAAAAAUGGGGUACACUUAAACCUGAAGUCCCAGCCCUAGCUCUUCUAUACUGGCUGUUAGUUUAGGUCACUCCUUAUGGGGACUGCUAUCUUGGUAUACUUUAUGUCCUUGAUGUAAUCAUCUGAGGAAUGGAGACAAUAUGCUGGAGAGCCCUGUAACAUCAGCCAAAAAGGAAAACAAACUGGAAGCUAAGGAGAUUUCAGAAAUGUGGUUUUGCCAAUUUCAUCUACUUCACCCAACUGGCAAAGCUAAAAUGGUUUCUGUCUCUGAUCUGAAGCUGUUGGGCAUGCACAGUCACUUUGUAUCUUGGUAAAUAAAGAAUUUAAGAUGGAAAAAUCAACUAGAAUAGUUGCUUUUCAGAGCAUAGCAGGAGCUAGAAAACAAGAGAGAUAGUGCAAUACAAAGUCUCCAUUACUCAGUUGACAGUGGAGAGGAAAUUCCUCUUUACUCAGUCCUAGUCGCAAUCUGUUCCCGAAUCUGAGGGAGAUUUACAUUUCACUGUUCUGCAGGGUGGACAAAAGAUAUAACCUGCAGAUGAUGCCAUAAGAGCGAUGUUUAUUUGCCAUAGAUGGCUCUCAGAGGUGUCAUAAUAAUUCUAUAAUAAAUAUACUGUGCCAAAAGACUUUCCUAAGACAGUAAUUACCAGAUUGUUUCUAGUAAAAGGGAAAUGCAAUGAGCCCAGCUGGUACCUUCUUGAGUGAGCCAGCUAGAAGGUCUCUGGAAAAGGCAGUUUAAGUACCUGAAAAAUUAACGAGAGGGAGAAGGUUGGUUAAUUGCACCUGUUAACUCUUAAACAUCAACAGCUUGGAUAAAAGCAAGCAUCUGUUUUCCAAAUAAAAUAAUUUGAAUAGUCAGUGCUUGUGCCUUGAGUAGAGAGGUUCCUCUUGAAGAGAUUCAUAGCAAAACAAUGGAGUUUCUCCUCAUCCCUAAUCCCAGCCAAGAUAGGAAACAAAUUAUCACAUUUUAGUAUAGAACAAUACUGGAGAAUAAAGCAGUAGGAAGUCAGAGACUGGCAGUAGAAAGUAAAGCUAGUGACCCAGAUGUUACAGUGUAAGUAGGUCAUGCAGAAGCUCCGUUUUCUUGUCCUAGCAAAUACUCUUGAGCAGUUAGCAAGGUAGCUGUAAAGUGCUAUUUCUCUGCCCAUCCAAGCUUACAAGACCAUAGACUGGCUGGUUCAUGAAGGAAGCAGCUACUACCUCUGAACUGAAACACAGUAAGAGUGCCAGCUUACUGAUUUUCACUUGCCUGUGGAGGGUGAAAAUUGCAUUCCUUUUUAGUCUCUUCUAAUUUAUAGAAACCUUCUUUUCUUAAAGAAACUGACACUAUCAAUAUUAGCUCUAGUCAGUUUCCACAACCGUGUUUAAAUUGUUUGUAGUGUGACACCUGUUCCUAAGCAUACUUACCAAUUUUAACAUUUUGAAAUCAUGCUUCACUGUUUUGUUUUUUUAAUGUUAUCCCCUUUUGCUGUACAAGAGACCCAGACAAGCAACAGGCAAAACUGACUGACUGUCCAGGAUAACAAUGAACAUGACUACACACUGUAAACACACUAAUGAAAGGACGUUGCUUAUUUUCUCUAAUGUCUUUUAGUGAUUCUAGGGUUAUUGCUUGUAACAACAGUAGGUAAGAUGAUGUCAGAUUGAAGUGAAAUGGACAGUGUCCCUCUUAACCUCGCCUCUCAUUUAUAACUGUGAGACCAUUUAUAUCGCAUUAGCUGCCUGUGAUAUGGUUCUCAGGAUUAUGCCAGUACUUUCAGUCAUUGUCCCCCAAAAUGCAGGCAUCUAGUGACGUGGAGGGUGUUUGAUCCAACAUACAAGUUAUGAAUGGGUAUGGCACAUGAUGGGAAUGUCCUCUGAUGUAUGGAUUCAGUAGUAAAAUGAUAUCGGACACAUUUUCUGUGACAGAUUUCCACAUGAUGCAGCAUAAUAGGAGCUCCUACCGCAAUGCUGGCACCUUAGCAUCUGAUAGGCAUUCCUCCUUACGGCAACCUUCCAAGUGUGACAUUGCUAGCUGCUUAGCCAUAUAAGAACUAAUUGCAGUGUCAGAAUUUGUUUGGAAUUUCCCCCACAGUGCCUUUUUGUCCUCUUUCCCUAAUAACUCCUUCAAAGGGAUCAGCAGCUCUUUAGGGCUCUAAGUGUGACGUACUGUGUUUGUAAAGAUAUGUGUAAGUUUACAUUAUGCUGUAGCUCAUUUAUUAUAAUCAAAGGGUCUCAUAUUCUAGGGGGCAAAAGUACAGGUGCCUCUUGCUUGAAAAACUAGUUUAAUUUGUUAAUUAAAUGGUUUUAAGUACAUGUUCCAACU